AUGGGCCUGUUGGCGGGAUUCAGCGGCCUGUACGCGCUGUACUGUUUGGCAAAGUGGUGGCAGGAGGAGGAGGAGGAGGAAGAUCGACGCAGUGAACACUGUCAGUCCAAGAAGCAGAAUUUACUCCGCCGAGCGAUCGGCCUGAGGGUUGACAGUCAGGAAACUGCGGACAGUCAACAGGGUAAAUACAGUUGGGUUAUCUGCAGCGUGGAAGGUGAAAAGGGACCAUUGACCGCGGCCAUCACAACCCUUCCGGGGGAUAAUGGAUCAUUGUCUUAUCCCAGUGUGGUACUUGUAAAACCUCACCAUGGUCUGGACCAGCAGCAUCUGCAAGUGAUUCUGGGCCUUCUUAAGAGGACCUCUGAUACUUCCAUUCGAGAGCAUGCUCUGGUGACUAUAGGUAAUAGUGCUGCAUUCACUGUUAAUCAGGACCUUAUUCGCAGCCUGGGUGGUCUUAGUGUCAUUGCAAAUUGUUUGUUAGAUGAAGUCACAUCAGUCAAAGUUAAAGCAAUGAAUGCUCUGACGAAUCUUUCCCUUAAUGUUGCUAAUCAAGAAGAACUGAAGGUUUGGAUCCCUCAAGUAUUGAAGAUCCAAGAAACUGCCACAUUAAACUCUGAGUUGCAGAUAGCUGGCCUUCGAAUGCUGACUAACAUCAGUGUUGUCAAUAGUCAUCAUCAUAUGAUGACCAACUCCAUUCCUCACUUUCUUAAGCUCUUGGUAGAUGGAACUGAAAAUGUAAAGAUUCAGGCAUUAAAAUCCUGGUAAAUUUGUCUGCAAAUCCAGAGUUAACACAUGUUCUUCUCUGUGCUCAGGUGUCACCAUUGUUCCUUUUCUUGUUUGACAAUACCACAAAUAAAGAGGUUCUUAUACGAAUGCUUAUAUUUGUUGUAAAUCUAAAGGAAAAUAUGAACUUGAUGCAGGGUUCUGUUCAGUAUGAGUACAACGUGGAAUCACUUCAUUCUGUACUGUUUGGGAAUCCAACACAAUUUUCUCAUAAAAUUGCAAAACUUGUGUUGUACCAAGAUCAUGAAGUGAAACAACAUAUUGCCAGAAUUAUGAUCUAAGACUAAAUGGUUCCCUGAUGUGGCUUAUACAGUGUUAAUUAGUUAUCUAAGGUAAGACUGAAGGGAAGAAAUGGAAAUAGUGAAUGUUUACUUACUUUGCGUCAAACUGAAGAUGACUUCGGAAGGACACGCCAUUGGAUUUAUACAUGAACAGAGAAAAAAUGUAUUCAAAUUGGGAUACUAAUGUCAAUGGAACAGAAGACAAUUUAAAAACAGAUUCGUUGGUUUAAAAACUCAACUUGGCACUAUGUGGACACUUGUCUUCCAUUUUAACAAGCAUCAGUUACUUAAUAUUGUAGACUUGUGCUUCUCCAGUAUUGAUUAAUGGAAAGUAUUUUUCCUAAUGUGUCCAUUGUUCUUGCUGAAGAUAGCAGUACUCCAAUAGAAAUCUUGCCCUUUUGUACUCAUAUGAAAGAAAUAAAUUGUAAUGAGAAAUCAGAGAUGA